AUGGAUAGAAAAUACCCUUUGGAAUCCCUAAUUCUAUCGAGGUCCUAUGAGAACUCAUCCAAAAUCAAUGAGCUAUUAGAACAAAGAUAUGCUCUUAACGAUAAACCAUUCCUUGUGUUGAGACCUACAGAAGGUGAACGUGAAAGGGAACAAACAUUAUUGACAAGAGUGAAAAAUAGUAAAAUUCAACAUCAAAAGAAUCAAAAAAAGGAUCAAACUAAAAUCGUAUUCAAGAGAUAUAUCAAGAAAUCUAUAUAUUUACAGAAAAAAUUGAAGUCAAGGUUGAAUAAAUCAAAUAUUGAUGAUGUUUGUAAAUUAAAAGAGUUUAAGAAAAUACCACAUUUUGAAGAUUUUCUUAAAUUGAAUGAAUUAUGGAUUGGUUAUAUCCAAGAUUUAUUACAAUUGGAUCUACAAAAUAAAAGGAACAUAAGUGUGCCUCAAGUGUUGACAAAAUUAUCAUCUGCAGAUUAUAAUGGCUGUUUUUUAAGGGUAUUGAAAAGUAAAAAUUCUGUAAAUAUUGGUAAAAAUGGGAUAGUUAUUUAUGACUCCAAGAAUUUUUUCAUAAUUGUGGAACCUAGAGAUGCUAAUGAUCCUAAAUCUAUUGGUGGAUUGAAAAUGAUUGAAAAAAAAGGUAGUGUUUUCAGUUUUGUUGUUCCAUUGUUUGAUAUUCAAAAUGAAGAAAUUGAUGCAAAUGAUGAUAAUUAUCUUGAAUUUUCAAUAAUUGGAUCAAGAUUCCAAUUCAGAGCACCAGAUCGAUCAGGGAAGAAGUUUAAAUCGAGAAAUGUUGAUGAUUUAUGA